AUGGCACUCGUGAAACUUCUACAAUCAGUUUUUAGAAAAGUACAGUCGGUACUUCUUCUAUGUGUCACUGUUUCAUUGUUAUUUUAUUAUACUUUUGAAAAUGAAAUUGAUAUCCUCAAUUCUUAUGCAGAAAAUGAAUAUUUACCUUCGAUAAAGAAGGAAAUUUAUGAUCAGAUGACAUUAAAUGAUGAGUCUACCAAAAGUCCAAAUAGAAAGCCUCUGAUAGCAGCUGAUGACGAUGUACACCUUGAUCAUCAUCAAGUAGGUUUCCAAGAUGUGGAUCCACAACCUUUAGACCAUCAAAUAAAAAAUGGACAGAAAUCAAAGAAUUCACAUCUUAAUGAAGAUUUGUCUGAUCCAUUAAUACUUAAAGAGAAAAACAAAUACUUCCCAUUAUUAAUAUCAGAACCAAGGCAUGAUCCAUCAUUGGUGUUUGUACCCGAAGAAGAUCGUCCUGAUUCUUUAAUGACUUCAUUAUUGACAUACAAAGAAAAAUAUCCUGUACUAUUGGAAAUUUCACUACCUUUACAUUUCCAACAAUCAUCAAAGAUACGAGCACAAGAUGCUCCAGACGAUGAUACAAAUAAUGAUGACAAUACUAAGAAAAACAUUGUCCAGGCGACAAAAUUUGAAGAUGGUGGAGCUACACAAAGUAAUAUCAGAUCAGAUGUGAAAAAUGUCUUUAUCAAGACAUGGAAACAAAAUGAUUUAAUUAAGCUUGCUAAAAGGGAGAAAAAUAAAAGGUGGCCCAUAGAUUUAAUUGAUUCAUUAGAUACUUUAUACAUAAUGGACCAAAAAGACCUUUUCCAAGAAGCUCUCGAUAUUAUUUCUGAAACUGAUUUUAGAAUCCCGCCAAAAGCUGUUGAUAUAGUAAAUAUUGCUGACUUAUCGACGAGAGGUGUUGGUGGAUUAUUAUCUGCAUAUGAAUUAUCACAAAAUCAAGUCUUAUUAGCGAAGGCUAAGCAAAUGGCAGAUUUCAUAUUGAGAGCAUUUGAUACUCCUAAUAGAUUACCUGUAUUGAAAUAUUCUUGGAAGUCACCAUUUAAUAAUAGAUUCCCAUACAAAAAUUCAACAUUGGAUGAUAUUACUAAAAUGUCAUUGGAAUUGACACGAUUAUCUCAAUUGACAUCAGAAGAUAACUACUUCGAUGCAGUUCAUAGAGUUUACACGAUUUUAACAAAUUCAUUCAAUGAUUUUUCAAUGGAUUAUAUGUUUCCUAAAUUUGUUGACGCAUCUGGUUGUCAAAUUUUGACUUCAAAGGAAAUUUCCAGUGGGAAACAUCAAAAGAAUUCUCAAAUUAUGAGAAGUAUUGAUGAAAAUUUGAGGUUUGUUCAUUGUUAUCAAUCGAAAAAAGUAUUACCCGUUCAUUCGAAUGACAAUAAUGGUAAAGGUAAUCAUCCAGAUUUAAUUACGAUAAAUAGAUCGCUCUUCGAUACGUUAAUUAAGCUAUACCAACAAUUAAACUAUCAUGAUAUUUUAAAUUUAUACGAAGAAGAUAUCGGGAUUAGUUCAGUUGAAUCCCAUGAAGAAUCACCUCAAAAGGAAGUGAAAAGUGUAUACAAACGAGAAGCCGCCGCUGUGAUUACGGCAACUGAUUCCAAAAUGGAGGAUACAUUACCAAGUGGUCCUACUUCUAAAACUAUACUAAAAGAAUUCUUCAAUACAGUAACUAGAUUCUUUAUUUUCCAUCCAAUAAUACCUAAUUUAAAUCUCUCAUUGAUUACAUCCGUAUUUGUUAAGGAUAAAUAUGUCCCAACUACAAAUGAAUUAGAAGUGGAACUGUUAAGAACAUUUAAUGUAGAUAUAUCAUCAUGUUCACUAGGGUCUACAUUAGCAUUAAAUUCCAAAAUAUCUGCAAGUUCACCAAAGGAAAUGAAUGAUCAAUUAAAUAUGGCAAGAAACUUAACUAAGAGUUGCUUCCAAUUAAAUAAAUUUUUCCAAGGUAAAAUGCCCAUUUCAUUAUCUUUGGAUCCCUGUCUAGAUAAAUUUGGUAAAGAACAAUAUUGUCAAUACAAUGAACAGGAUAAAAUUAAUAAUAUAAUGAAUGGUCUAUAUAAAGGUGAUGAUGGGAAAUUUCUACAUAAAAGUGGUUCCCAAAAUGAUCUAACUAUCAAAAUUUCUGAUAAUAAAGUUCAUUCCAAUAAUAAUAUUGAUGAUGAGAAUGGAGGAAGUUUUACUAAACCAAAAAAUAUUUUAAUUUUAAGUACUAAUGAAAAAUAUAGAGGUGUCACAUCGAUACUCCCUGAAAGCAUAAAUAAUGAAUCCAAGAAAUGGACUGACCAUCCUGAUUGGCCACUUUGGAUUAAUGAUAUGGGUCCUAAACAAGUACUAAACCCUGAUUUAAUCGAAUCGAUAUUUUAUAUGUAUAGAAUUACAGGUGAUGCUGAAUGGAGAGAAAUGGGUCAUGACUUAUUUGAAACCGUUUUGAAAGUCUUGAAAGAAACUAAUGUAGGCGCUAAGGGCUUAUGGCAUAUAAGUGAAUUGAAGGGAGAUGAUAGUGAUGAACCGACGGUACCCAAUCAUUGGAUUUCGAAAACAUUAAAAUAUUUUCAUUUGCUAUUUGGAAGUGCUGACAAAUAUUCUUUAGAUGAUUAUGUGUUUUCAGAAAGCGGGCAUUUACUGAAAAGAGAAUUACCAUCUACAGCUUAA